GUUUGCAAAACAAACUACUGCUGUUUGUGCUGAUAAAACCGCAACUGUCUCUUACAAACAUGUUUAUGUGCCUCACACAGGACUCCAACCAUGUCAAGUUGGGGUAAUAAUUCUCUCUCUCAUUGUCUUGGUUCAAACUGGUCUACUAGUGGGAGCACUUGUGAAAAUAGUACUUCUUACAAAGAAAGGAUCAGAGCAGAAGACAAGAGAAGAGAGGUUGGAGAUGGAUGUCAAUGUGGCUUAUGGUACUCCUAAGGAGAUCAUGGCACUUAGAACCAGCAAAAAACAGUGAUUAGAUUUACAAUAUACAAAGUUAACACG